AGUUACUUGUUCUCCAAGCUGAACAAUUUUUCAGUUUUAGGGUUUCUCUUCUACCUAUAAAUACAUUUACCAUUGAGAAACCCUAGUGAAAGCGACACAAAUCCCUUGAGAAACCCUUGUGAAAGCGUCCGAAACAAUAACCAAUUCUCUCUCUCUUUCAAUGACUUCUUCCACUGCGACCCUUCUUGGCCCACCUUCCGUCGCCAACGUCGAGACACCAACCCACAAACCAGCUACAAUCAAUUCACCAAAAAACCCUGUUUCCGAUGACUACGACUUGACCGCUACUCUAAACCUCGAAGAACCACCAAAGGGUUUAACAGAAAACUUCUCGCCCACGUUUCUCUCCUCCGGGAACCCAUGUCUCGAUUUCUUCUUCCACGUAGUUCCCAACACUUCUCCAGAAGAUCUAGUCCAAAGGCUUGCAGUUUCUUGGUCUCACGAUCCUUUGACUACGUUGAAGCUCGUCUGCAAUCUCAGAGGAGUUAGAGGAACUGGGAAAUCAGAUAAAGAAGGUUUUUACACAGCUGCGUUUUGGCUUUACAAGAAUCACCCCAAAACCCUAGCUUUGAAUCUCCCUGCUCUUGUUGGUUUUGGGUAUUUCAAAGAUUUGCCUGAGAUUCUGUAUCCGAUCUUGGAAGGUCAGCAGAUAGACAGAGGACACAGUCGGAUUUGGAGGAAGACGGUCCAGAAGCCAUUCAAGCGGAACAAGAUACGCUCAGAGAUUUGCAGUGAACUGGAAGAUCGUGUUUUGGAAACUGCAGAGGAGAUUAGUGGUCCUGUCAAGGCUAGGGCUUUAAAGAAACAGAGAGAGUUUGAGAAGGCAAAGAAAGCUUUAGAGAGGUAUAACUCUGAUGCUAACUACAGAUUACUCUUUGAUGGAAUUGCUGAUUUGUUUGCGGAUUUGUUAAAAUCGGAUUUGAAGUAUUUGAAUUCGAAUGAGCUGAAUAAGAUUGGUUUAGCUUCGAAGUGGUGUCCUUCGGUUGAUUCUUCGUAUGAUAAGACUACUUUAAUAUGUGAGGCAAUUGCUAGAAGGUUGUUUUCUAGAGAUGAGUAUGAAGGAAUCGAAGAAGCACAUUAUGCUUAUAGGAUUAGGGAUCGGUUGAGGAAAGAGGUUCUUGUGCCAUUGCAUAAAGCGCUCGAGUUGCCUGAGUUGUCUAUGAGUGCAAACGGAUGGGAUUUGUUGAAGUAUAAGAGAGUUGCUUCUGUGGCUAUGAAGAAUUACAAGAGGCUCUCUGUGGAACAUGAUAGUGAGAGGUUUAGUAAGUUUCUGGAGGAUGUGAAAUCCGGGAAGGAGAAGAUUGCGGCUGGUGCGUUGCUUCCUCAUCAGAUAAUAAAGCAGCUGGAGGAUAGUGAAGUUGGCGCAGAAGUUGCAGAGCUUCAAUGGAAGAGGAUGGUGGAUGAUCUUGCCAAGAAAGGGAAGCUGAAGAGUUCACUAGCGGUUUGCGAUGUCUCGGGAAGCAUGACUGGUACACCUAUGGAGGUUUGUGUGGCGCUCGGGCUAUUGGUUUCGGAACUUAAUGAAGAGCCCUGGAAAGGGAAAGUUAUUACCUUUAGCAAAAAGCCGCAGCUUCAUAUUAUAACGGGUUCGAGUCUGAUGGAAAAGAGUGAGUUUGUUAGAGAAAUGGAUUGGGGAGUAAACACAGAUUUCCAAAAGGUGUUUGAUCAGAUUCUUAAGGUUGCAGUCAAGAAUAACAUAACUGAUGAUCAGAUGAUUAAGCGGUUGUUUGUGUUCAGUGACAUGGAGUUUGAUGAAGCAACAGGAAACAGACAUUUGAAGAAACAGUCCAAGGAGAAAUGGGAGACAGAUUAUGAGGUGGUUCAGAGGAAGUAUAAGGAGAACGGUUUUCAGAAUGUUCCGGAAAUUGUAUUUUGGAACUUAAGAGACUCGUCGGCUACACCUGUGGUGGCUAAGCAGAAAGGAGUGGCUAUGGUUAGCGGGUUUUCGAAAAAUCUACUGACUCUGUUUCUUGAAGAAGGUGGGAUCAUGAAUCCUGAAGAUGUCAUGUGGUUAGCCAUUAAAGGUGAAGAGUAUAAGAAGCUUGCUGUUUAUGACUGAGAUAAACAUGCACAAGUUUUAAAUGCUUAUAACUAAGAAGAUUUUUUUUUUUC